GAAAAAUAAGGUAGAAUCAAAUCAACAUAACCAAAUGUUAAAGAAGGUGAAUAAUGCAAAAGCUAGUGUGUGUAGCGCUGCUAGUGAUUUCAUGUCGUCAUUACAUUUCCUGAGAUGAGGGGAGGUUGAUAGUGUGUUGUACUGUUUUCGUGUUGAUAUAGACUAGCUCCACUUUUUAUGUGAUUUUCAUUUAAUGCAAGUAUACGAGUUUUUUGUUUUGUUUUGGUGUUAAUUAUUUUAAUGAUAUAAAUAGCUUAAAGCUGCAAAGGGGUAGGACUUGGUAGCAUGCACACACUAGUUGCUGUUUGAAGCAAAGAGAGAGAAAGAGAGAGAGAGAAGGGACAGGGAGGUUUUAGUUUUUGGCAUUGGUGCUUGUGCUUGAGAAAUGGAAAAGGAAAAGAAAGAAAGAAAGAAGGGAACAGUAUCAGCGUCAGUGUGAUGAGUGGUUUCACUGAAAGGUUGGUUUCUUUUCGAGAUAGAAAAGAAGAAAAGGCACAACAAGUAGUAUAGUACUCAACUCAAACCCAAUAAUACUAGCCACUCAUGCUUUCCUUUGGUCCGCGUGCUUCGAUGCAAACCCUUUAAUUUGGUUGCUUUGUGUUGUGCCAAGCCCCACCCUUUGAAAGAAAGAUCUCUGCACUCUGCCUUUUUCUCAGGUUUUGCUCUUCUUUGUUCUCUAGGGGCACAACACCACAUGAGAUUCUCACAUUAACAACGUGGACCCUUCUUCUCUCCCUUCUCUCAUAUGGGGUGGUGAGUCAAGGUGGUGAUGGGAGAGGAGGGAAAGGAGAGUUUUUGUUUGGUGGGGAUGCAACUUGUGAAUUGAAGACUUAGAAACGUAGGUUCCUCUAAGUUGAAGAAGACGUAGAGAGUGGUGCAGCUUAGGAAUAGGAUUAUGAUGGCUUCCGUAGAAGAAAAGAUUAAAACCGGAGGAGUUGGUGUUGGAGUUGGCGGAGGAAUGGUUGUUGGGGGUCAAAGUCUUGUUGCUGAGAUGAAACUGCUGAAAGAAAUGCAGGAACAUUCUGGGUUCAGAAAGACUUUGAAUUCAGAGUUAUGGCAUGCUUGUGCAGGCCCUCUUGUGUCACUACCUCAGGUUGGGAGUCUUGUGUUUUACUUCCCUCAGGGACAUAGUGAGCAGGUGGCAGCUUCUACUAGAAGAACAGCAACCUCGCAGAUUCCAAACUACCCCAAUCUUCCAUCUCAGUUGUUGUGUCAAGUUCAAAAUGUCACACUGCAUGCAGACAAGGAGACAGAUGAAAUCUAUGCUCAAAUGACUCUCCAACCGCUGAAUUCUGAAAAAGAAGUCUUUCCCAUAUCUGAUUUUGGACUAAAGCACAGUAAACAUCCCAGCGAGUUCUUCUGCAAAACUUUGACUGCUAGUGAUACAAGCACGCAUGGCGGCUUUUCGGUUCCUCGCAGGGCAGCAGAGAAGCUCUUUCCUCCGUUGGAUUACACUAUUCAACCCCCAACUCAAGAACUCGUUGUUCGAGAUUUGCAUGACAAUACCUGGACAUUUCGACAUAUAUACCGCGGUCAACCAAAGAGACACCUUCUCACAACAGGAUGGAGUUUGUUUGUAGGCUCAAAAAGGCUUAGAGCUGGUGAUUCUGUUCUUUUCAUCAGGGAUGAGAAAUCUCAAUUGCGAGUUGGCGUGAGGCGCGUUAAUCGUCAACAGACAACUCUGCCAUCAUCAGUGCUUUCUGCUGAUAGCAUGCACAUUGGUGUGCUUGCUGCUGCAGCUCAUGCUGCUGCCAAUCGAAGUCCAUUUACUAUUUUCUACAAUCCAAGGGCAUGCCCUUCAGAAUUUGUUAUUCCGCUGGCUAAAUACAGAAAAUCUGUAUUUGGGACUCAGGUCUCAGUUGGUAUGAGAUUUGGCAUGAUGUUUGAGACUGAAGAAUCGGGUAAGCGCAGAUAUAUGGGUACAAUAGUUGGUAUUAGUGACGUAGAUCCCUUAAGGUGGCCUGGUUCUAAAUGGAGAAAUAUUCAGGUGGAGUGGGAUGAACCAGGGUGUGGUGAUAAGCAGAAUAGAGUUAGUGUAUGGGAGAUUGAGACUCCUGAAAGCCUUUUUAUCUUCCCUUCUUUGACUUCAAGUCUGAAACGGCCAUUACAAUCUGGACUUUUAGAAAAUGAGUGGGGAAUGUUAAGAAGACCUUUUAUAAGAGUUCCAGAAAAUGGAACUAUGGAGCUCUCUAAUUCAAUGCCAAAUCUCUACUCAGAACACCUGAUGAAAAUGCUUUUUAAACCCCAGCUUAUGAACAACAAUGGAGCAUUUUUAUCUGUCAUGCAACAAGAAUCUGCAGCUUCAAGAGCUCCCUUGCAAGAUAUGAAGGCCACGCUGGCAGCAGAGAGCCUGAAAGCUCAACUUGCAAGUACAGAGAACAUGCCACUGAAAAAUCUACAUUCUCAAUCUAUCCCUGACCAAGCCUUAAACAUGCAAUCAGUUUUGAAAAGUGAUCAAAUUGAAAAAUUGCAUCCUCUGGCCAAAAUUGACAAUCAUUUGCCUUGUGGAGCAGUUACUGACAAGUCAAAAUUAGAAUGUGAGGUACUACCUGAUCAUAUUGUUGAUUACCCUUCCAUGGAAGGCUGCAUCCUAGAAAAGGUUGCAGCAAAUCCUGUUAACCAGCAAGGCCUACCAAGCCAAUUUACAUUCCAUAAUCAAAACCAGAGUCCACUACUUCCUCAAUCUAGUCCAUGGCCUAUGCAACCUCAGCUAGAAUCAUCCUUACCCCAUCCUCAAAUGAUUGACAUGGCUCAAGCUGAUUCUGCUUUGGCAAAUGGCAUGAUUCCUCAACUUGACAUUGAUGAAUGGAUGGCGUAUGCUUCUUCCCAACCUUUUGUUGGGCAGAACAAAUCAACUGGACCUUUAUCAGAUUUGCAAGAUCAUGCUUCACUUCAACCUCAAGCAAUGAACCCCCCUUUACCUUCAACAAACCAAGAAGUGUGGGAUCAUUAUGUCAAGAACUUAAAGCUCUUAUCUCAACCAGACCAGAUAACAUCUAUCACUCAGCCAGGGAUGUAUGGCCUCAAUGGCAUACCUAGUUCAAACAGUUUGAGGGAUCUUUCGGCUGAGAGCAACAACCAAAGUGAGAUUUGUGUCAAUGUUGAUGUUAGUAACAGUGUAGGCACCACCAUGGUUGAUCCUUCUACUUCAAGCACCAUUUUGGAUGAGUUUUGCACAAUGAAGGACAGAGAAUUCCAGACACCACAAGAUUGCAUGGUGGGCAACUUGAGUUCAAGCCAGGAUGUCCAGUCUCAGAUAACAUCUGCAAGUCUAGCUGAGUCACAUGCAUUUUCUCUGAGAGACAACUCGGGUGGUACUUCUUCAAGCCAUGUUGAUUUUGAUGAAAGCAGCUUUCUGCAGAAUAACUCAUGGCAGCAAGUACCUGCUCCCAUCCGAACCUACACAAAGGUGCAAAAGGCAGGUUCUGUAGGAAGAUCAAUUGAUGUCACUACUUUCAAGAACUAUGAAGAGUUGAUCCGUGCAAUUGAAUGCAUGUUUGGACUCGAUGGUCUGCUGAAUGACACUAAAGGUUCAGGAUGGAAAUUGGUGUAUGUAGAUUAUGAGAAUGAUGUUCUUCUUGUUGGGGAUGAUCCUUGGGAGGAAUUUGUUGGCUGUGUCCGCUGCAUCAGAAUUUUAUCGCCUUCAGAAGUUCAGCAGAUGAGUGAAGAAGGGAUGAAGAUUCUAAACAGUGGAGCUUUGCAAGGGAUGAAUGUUUGAAUAUUAGGUGGCUGCAUGCAAUGUCACUGAGCCAUACUUAGCUAUUUUAUUGGAUAACAUUGGCCUCAAAUGGUUUUAUCGUCCAAGCAAUCUUUCAAAAGCUAAGGCAUAUGUUGUGAAAGCCAUAUAUUAUUACCUUGUCCUUACGAGAGUGUCUUGUCAUGUAUGAACUAAAGUUGAAGGACACUCGUUAUUGGAACAUUAGUUGGUAUAUACCCAACCUUGAAGAGGGUUUAGCUUAUUAUCACAGAUCAAAAGUUGUAAUAUGUUCCAUUGAGUCAAGGGUUACACACUUCAUGUUAUAAGACAUUCUUGUAGGCAAUGGAAGUAUUAUGCUUUAUUAUUAUUA